CUGUGACUUUAUCUUCCUCUCUUUUUUUUUCAUUUUGGGUGAUGGCGAUACGUUAGUCAAGCUUUUCGUCGGCGCGGAUGACGGUGCUACUUGGAUGUAUGUUUCUGGACUUUUCAGCGUAUCAUGACCGCGCGCCUCUCCCCCUCUCCCCAAGUCUUUUCGUUUCCGCGUGAAGUUGAAAGGAGGAGAAAACACAAUGCGAGGGAAAUACUUUCUUCUCGGCUUCUUGUUGCUCAAACUUAUGGCUCUGGUGUGCAAGGCCGACGGCGAGCCGGGGAUGCUCGGAGGAUUCGUAAUGAUCGCCACCUCCAACGGCUCCAGGGAGGAGGAGAGCGUGUCCGAGGAGACCCCGCACACGGAGGACAAAUGUCGGGGUUACUUCGACGUGAUGGGCCAGUGGGACCCGCCGUUCGUUUGCAAAACGAGCAAUUUUCUCUACUGCUGCGGCACCUGUGGCUUCCGCUUCUGCUGCUCCUACAAGCACUCGCGCCUGGACCAGAGCACCUGUAAAAAUUAUGACACGCCAUUGUGGAUGAAGACCGGGCAGACUCCGUACAACAAGAAAAACAAGACGCACGACAGCACCAAAGACAAGACGAACUUAAUUGUUUACAUCAUAUGUGGAGUAGUGGCCAUCAUGGCUCUUGUGGGGAUUUUCACCAAAUUAGGGCUGGAGAAGGCGCACCGACCCCAGAGAGAAAACAUGUACAGGGCCGUUGCCAGUGUGCUGCAGGGCGGGUGUCCAGGUGAGCAGUAUCGCGGGGAGGAGGCCCUGGGGAUGCAUUCGCAGCACUGUGUUACCAGGACCACAAACCUCCAGGGCGGACAGAUCAACAACAAUGUGGGCGCGGGCUCAAACAUGGGCCAGCAGCACCCGUACCCUGCUCUCAGCCAGCUGACUCACGUCUAUGAGCAGCAACAGCCACAGCAACAGCAGCAACAUCAGCAGCAGCAUCAGCAUCAUCAUCAUCAGCAGCAGCAGCAGCAGCAGCAGCAUCAUCAGCAGCAGCUUCAGCUUCAGCUUCAGCAACAGCAGCAGCAGCUUCAAAAUAGGGAUCUUAAUAAGUACGCCUCUCUGAAGGCUGUGGCUGCCAAGUAUAACGGUGAACUUUACACCAAGCGUCGCCUGAUGGUGGAGCUGCCAACAAAGGGCGGACUUCCUCUUCAACCGAUGGGCAACUCCAGACCCUCGAUGGGCACCAUGUCGUCGAUGACUCCUGCGAUGACUUCCAACCCAAUGGCUUCAAAUCACAUGGCCUCCAAUCACAUGGCCUCCAAUCACAUGGCCUCCAAUCACAUGAACCACACCAUCACCCAGAUGACGUCAAUGACUCCAAUGACCUCCAUGACACCCAUGACAUCCCUCACUCCAAUGACCACCAUGACCCCUAUGACUUCUCUGGGUCCAUUGACUCCAGAACCAGUGGCCACCUAUGUCACGGAGAUGCCCAGCAUCUCCUCCGUUUCAACCCUUCCAACAGAACGGCACAUAGCAGGUGGAGGAGGGGGACUUAAGCCUAACGGCCAGAAACCCAAAGUCGGCUAUGGCAACAUCACCCACAGCUCUCACAUCUCUCACCCUCACGCUCACAGUCAUAGUAGCAAGCCACCAGGACUUGGGGCCACCUCCCUGGCACACAUGGCAGGGACCAUGCCAGGAGGCACAUCCUUGGGUAUCUCCAGGGCUGCUGAAACCUCCAUUGGCUCCAGCUCAGCCACAAUGGGCCGCCCAAUGGCAUACAGUUCCAACACAAUUGCGACUGGGCACGGGAUGGGACUGGGGCUGAAGGGCUGGGAUGGGACUGAGACAGUGGGUCGGAGGAAGACCUACGGGCACAAGAGGCCUCAGUGUACCGUGCUGGAGCCAAACCAGCUCCACAGCACCAGGGGUCAAAGCCACAGCCAACACUUCCUCCCCACACAGCCCUACUUUGUGACCAACAGCAAGACAGAGGUGACUGUGUGAGAACGAGAGAGAGAGAGGGGGGAGAGAGAGCGAGAGGAAGACAGGGAGGGAAAAAGGAUGCAUGUGAAGUGGUGGCACAACCUGUGGUGUUCAAAAAGGUACAGAUCCUUGUGUGUAUUUGUGUGAAGAAAGUGAAGCUUGUUGGUGUCGUGCUGAAUGUGGUGGGACAGAGACACUGCGUCCUCAUUUCACAACCGCAGAGUUCACCAAUCAAAUUACUGAACGGACCUUUGUUGUCAAGAGGAUGGUUUGACCGCAACAGAGAGCAACCGCUAGAGCAGGGAUUUCUGCGCGAUAUUAGGUUGUUGUCUCAUGGAUAAUAUCGACUCUGUAAUGACACAAUAUCUGAGCAUUACGGACGCUGAAAUGGGAACCUGCUGGUAAUAAAAUGAUUGGCUUAUACUGUACGAACCAAACCUGAGAAGCAAUAUAGAGGAUCAAGUGUGAAGCACCGAAGCAUCUUGGGGGGAAAGAUGAAACACAACAGGUUCGCCCGCAAACCUCAUCUGCCCGACAAAGCAUCGGCCGGCUUAAAAGGAAUACCAUUCCCUCAUAAUUCAGUCCAGAGAUCUACUGAGACAGACACACGCAGACACACAUGCUGGGCUUUGGAAUGCAGACACACAUGUGGGGCUUUGUACUGUGGCUAUUCAGAAGCGCCCUCAUAAGCUCUGCAGCUGAAGGUCGCCCUUUUUGGUUUUUUUUUCCCACAAGGCUGCGGCACACAGAAUGGACGCUGUCACUCUGGCAUUGUUCUGUUCUGAUCUCGUCUGUGUGGUGACAGCUGGCCGAGAGGAGGGAUAAGGAGGCAGCGAGGCGGCAUCUGGAUGCUGCCGCUGCUCGCAGAGGCUCAAACACCAACACACACACACACACACACACACACACAUGCAGAUUUAUAUAUAUAUACUGUAGCAACACAAUGUCAACUGAACAACUGUAUGGUGGUAGCACUUUACAGUACAGUAACAAUAUGGGAAUAAUAGUUCGUAUUAUGGUAAUCUUAUAUCUAUAAUCACCAAAUCAAAGCUUGUUGAUGCUGAGAAAAUUCAACUUUAUAAUAUAGUAAUUAUCAGUUUUUUGAAGGUACUACACUCAUGGUAGCCUAUAGUAAUUAGCUGUCACCUGCAGUGUAUUACUUUGUAAACGCCAAUAUUAUCUCCUUUAGAGCUGAAACAAUCACUUAAUUAAUCGAUUAUUAAUCGGUCACUAAAUUAGUCAACUAUUUUGACAAUCAAAUUGGUUUAAGUGUUUUUAAGGAAUUGAAACAAGUUUUCUGAUUUUCCAGCUUCUUAAAUGAAUAUUUUUUGGUUUCUUUGCUCCAUAAUAACAAAGAAAUCAUGAAAACAGAGUAGUUUUUGGACAAAACAAGACAUUUGAGAACAUCAUCCCUCCUUGGUUUGAGAAUUACCGAUCAACAUAGUAGUUGCAGCUCUAAUUUCCUUAUUAACCCUUAGAACACAGAGGCUAUAAGAAUGUGCAAUAUAGAGUUUCUUAUAUCCUUUUUUCAGCACAACCUAUAGGUAAUCUGAUGACAUGAUUUAUAUAAACACACCUGAGCAAAAUAUACUCAAAUUUUAUAAAAAUCUAAUUAAAUUUGGAAGUGUGUCACAAUUCGAAGUUGGCUUGGCUCGUUUUUUUGAACAAAAAUAAAAUAAAAACGGACUAAUUUUGUGACUUCUGCACAGGUAUCUACUACUAAAAAUACUACUAAACACAUAAGAAGACUAAAAAACACAUUUUAUAAAGCCUGAAGAUGUGACCUAUAAACUAUUUUUGAAUUGUGUAUUACCAAGGGUUACCGCACUAUUUCCAUUGCCAUAAUAUAAUCAUAGACCAUGUUGUUACUGUAAUGUAAAGUGUUGUAUGUAAACUAUGGUAACUAGCAUAUUUUAUUAAGUGGACCAAAUGUAAGCUUUGGCUUCUCAACAUUUCAUUUCUGCACACCAUUUGCACAAAUAAUGUGAUAUUUCUAUAGUUUUUAGUUAAGUAAAAAAAGAAGAAGCAAGGAGUCAUUGUCAAAAAAAAAAAUUAGGGUAAAAUUCACAAGCAGUAGAAAGUAGGAAAAUAACUUAUCUGGGUUACGUUACUCACAUAUCUAUACAAAAAGGGGGCUUCUCUGAGCUUAUAUGCCACUUUUCUAAUGAUGUAUUUAUUAUCACCUGCAGCCACUGGUAUUAUUUCUAACCUUGUCCUUCUACAACGCCAAUUACGAUGCAUUUCCAAGUGAUCCCAUUGCACACAGAGCUCAGCCAACAACGAGGACGCGUUACGAUUCGAUUGCUUCCACCAAAUCCGGUACAAACGCAGUUAUUCAUACGAAAUUUUAUGUGCAAAUGUCGAACCCGACACAUUUGAUUCUACUCUAUUUUAAGGCCUGUAAAUAUAAGAGGACGAGCAACACUGUCACACACAAAACAAGUGAGCCAGCCGAGCGUCAGAGAGCGGCGGGUCGACAGUUUGCCUCACGCUGUGAAACCUCCCCACUGCGUCGAGGGCGUCACAUGACUGAAUAUUCCCGACACCAAACUGAAGCCGUGGAAGGGGGAUUUGGAGCAUUCAAACGUGUCACCUGUCCACACACACACACACACACAGAGUAAACGUUACAAGCUGGAUCCUGCUUCCUGUCUGAUCACACGGUGCCGAGCGGCAGUGGUGAGACGAGGAGUCAGCACUGUUACUGCGUCUGUUGUACAUGAAAGACUGUGAAACUCCAGACCAUGGCCCUUUGUAGCGAUAACUGAUAUUAUGCUUUUUAUAUCUAUAUAUAUAUCUAUAUAUAUAUGAAUAUAUAAAUAUACAUAGGCUUUGUUGCUUAAGCUCUUUCUUUUCACGCUUCUAUUCCUUUCUUCGUCUCUUUUACUUCUUCGCUCCCCCCCCCCCCAUUGCUCACGUCUGAAUGAAAUAUGUGAGAGAAACAAUAACGGGGCUUUGAUGAAGCGUUUCUGUGAUAGUGGAGUGCAGUCACGAUAAGACAGUGAAGAAUAAUAAUAAUUCACCCCCCCCCCCACAACCUUUGGAGGCAUGAUUGGUUUUGUCGCUAUUGUUCUAACAGGAAAUAUGAGUGAUUGAUUCUGUGUGUGCCAAAAUGUAAUUUAGUUUGCAAUUUUUUACCAGUCUGUGCGAGAGAGAGAAAUUAUAGUCUCUGACUGAGGGAAAACUUUAAUAUAUAAAUGGAACUUACAAAUCCCAUGUAUGCAUUCCCUCCUUUUCUUGAUAGCCGGUGGUUUUUUGUGUUUGCGACAGAGUUGAGAAGCAGGUCAAUGUUUGCUCAGGAUGUGCAUUAAUCCAGCAAAGCAUGAACGUGGAGAUAUGAAGCCUAUUUGAAGCCCCCCCGUAACUGCUCCAUCCUUAAAGCCCAUUCAGGUCCAUAAAAGCAGACAGUGGAACAAUUGCUAAGGCAGUGGAAACAAACAACAACAACAACAAGAAAAAGGCCUUAUCCCUCACUGUAACAGCUCAAAUAAACCUGAUAGAAAGCAGAGAAUUGGUUGUGCUGUUUGGGUCACGGCUGACAGGGUCAGGGCUGCAGAUGAGUGGCUUUCAGGAGGCGGUCAUGUCUGACAUUUUUCAUCAGACCAGUCAGUCGGGACAAAAACAUACCACAGCAGAGACAAAAGGACACUUGUUGUCUACAGGCUCGGAGAGCGAGGGACGUGUUCGUCAAAGAUUUUCUUAAAAACCACUUUAGUUCGUCUGAUACUAAAGAAAUCCAGCACAUUUAGAUUUAAAGAAAAUGUUGGGCUGUCACUUUCUCCCAAAAAAGUUCAAACUAAUAUUAUGUGAUACGCUAUUAACUUCAGAGAUGUUUUGGACUGUGCCGUGACUACUUGAUGUUCUGCUGUGCUUCUAGACUGUACGUUCUCAAUUCAAACAGAUUCUUAAGGUUUGAGUUUGAACUUUAGCCCCAACUUGGAACAGAUAUUUGCCUAAAAAGUGACAGCCCGUGACAGGAGUCAGUUUGCAUUAUUCCUCAUUAUUCCUUAAUUAAUGCGACAGAUUCAUAGCUCAGACAUGGUUGCCUUUCUUUGGCUUGUUUACAUUUCUUAAACUAACUUUAUCUCUUUUUAUUUUUACUCCAGUGUGAGUUUGACUUCCUGCCGUUACUUUUAUAGCAAAUGACCAACUUUGUCCACAACAAUUAUUUUCUUUUAUCUUCAGUGAGAUAACAGCAGAGGCUAUCACGUACAGGGUAUACUAAACAAAACGCUUUUUCACAUGUCCAACAUGGCAACCGUUUUAUAUUAGAAAUCCUGCCAAGGUUUCAUGAUGAAAAAACAAUACAAAGACACAUGAAUGAUGUUGUUGUUAUUCACAAACUUCAGAGUGAGCAACUUCACCCCCUGUAACGUCUCACCACCAACCAAGACACCGCAAAAAUGAGAUCCCACUGUAGGAUUGACCACCCAGUGGGAAUUCAUUGCUCUGAACCCUCCAGGUGUCUGAUUGCCCUGUGGGAGCGCUGGGGGUUUUUUUUUUGUGUGAAUGGAGGUCAGAGGAAGAUUGGGGGGGUGAUAUUGGCCUAAUUACACGAAUCAGACCCGAGUGCUGGGGUUGCAGCAGUUCACAGGUACACUGAUCGGCAACAGAGGCAGCAAUCAGGCCGGGCCGUGCAUGCAGCCUGAUGUGCAGGGUAACACUUGGCAACACUUUUGAUUGGUUUGAAAAUGAGUCCUCACCCUCUUUUUUCUUUUCUCCCCACCAAGAAACCUGCUGUUUUUAUUUUUUGGUGCCCAGAAAUUGAACUUGCUUCUAUGUGUGAGUUCUUUUUUUUACCUUUUUCCUCUUGCCCUGAUCCACCAUGACCACUGUGCUCAGUUUUGAUAUGCUCUUAAUCUUGUCAUCCAUCCAAGAGGUGAAACUUCUGAACGAUUGGAGAGAAACCGAUGAGUCCAAAAGUCUCUCAAUAAGGACGCUGAGAAAAGCAAACAGGGGGAAAAAAAAUACAUUUGGAUUAUUUUAUAAAAUUGCAAAGGGAAAGUAAAAGUUGGAAGGCAAACACCUUGAAAUAUUCACCCUCCUACUCACUCACUCACUCACAAAAUACACUUUGACAAGAACCAGGAGUGACAAAAUCGAGCGUGUAUCGAGUCCCCACUGUGGUCUUUCAUCACACAGUCGGAGUUUUGGCUCCGUAGCAUACUCACUCCCGUCCUAGAGCGAGUAUGUUUCUCUAGAACCCGUGAAGCAAAGCUGACGAUGUGAAACGUGGACUGUUCUCCACGACACGUUCAUUUCUUUUUUUAAUUCACUACAGACAAAAAUGCAGUAUCUUCUUUUCGUUCGGGAAAAGCGGGAUCAGCAUCGUCGCGGUGAGAAAGCGUGGACGUGUACAGCACGCGGGAGACGACACUUAAGGGCUCAAACACAAGUAACACUUUCACUACAUUCUCCUCCGUUCUCUUAUGAUAAGAAACAAUAUUUAUUGUCGACAAGGGUUCCUCGUCAGCUACGUUUACGAUUUUUUUCUCUCUCACGGCAUCUUUACGCGCGACGUCCUCGCCCUCUUAUGCACACGGAAACGCCAGAGAUGCAGCGCUUUGUUGUCCAGUGACGCUCGACAAUGGCGUGCGCUUUAUUUAUAUUAUGUAUGAUUUUGAUCACGAGCCGUACACGUUUAAAUAUACUCGCCUUCAGCAUUAACAAAAAAAAAAAAAAAAAAAGGGGAACGGCAUCGAUCGUCGUUGACCUCAGAGUCUCGCCGGAGUCGUUUCCCUUUUUGACGAAAUCAAUAAGCUAUUUGCGAUAUGACUGCCAUUCAUUAGCGAGCAUAUCCUUUUGUAGAAGAACUCAUCGAUUAACUCAUUUUUGGAUGUUAAUCGCUCAUAACAUGCAAUGUUAUACGAGAUCUGAUUUUUCUAUUUUUGAUGUUCAGACAAGUUUGUGGUAUUUAUGCAUAUGUGUGUGUGUGUGUGUGGCCCCAACACUGCAGUAAAAACACAUUGUCUAUGGUAUAGAGUCCAUCAACCACAGUUGUUUUUUGCACAGUAGCUUAUAUUAUGCACCGUGAUGCCCCCCCCCCCAUCGUCCUUUUAGCAUUCACCGACUUUCUAAUUUGUUUUAAAAUGAAAAAAAAAAAAAGCUGUAUUUUGGUACUAUUCAGAUAUUGUUAGAAAAAAGAAGAGAGGUAUAGCAGAUGUUUUGUCCGAGACAUAUUAUAUUACCAUAGUGUUGCUAUAAAUUAGUCUGUUUUCCUUAUUUUGAGGAGGGAUGACAGGGAUUCUGUUUUUGUUCUUCUUUUCUUGUUGAUUUGCAAAUCUGACAGUAUAUCACCAUUGUUCUAUAUACGAUUUUCUUACGUGGCAAUAAAAGAUGACUUCUGUAAAA